GAAAAUAAUAAUUCUCUCUUUCUUUCUCUCUCCUCGCGCGCGCGUCCCUUGUAUGUGUGCAUGUACAGUAUCUCCUGAUGGCAGGCAGAAGAGGGACAACCGAUCUCUUCAGUAUAUAUGCAACUCAAGCGAGAGAGAAGUUGAACAUUAUUUUUCUUUGCCGGCUUGAUAUUCGCGUUGGCCACAGGAAGAAACGCGCGCGCUUAUCAAUUUCAGGAUUGGGAUCGCCGUAUCUUUUCGAAUUGCAUGAUGAGUACAAUGCAAUCUUUUGUGUAGUACGAAGAGAGAGGGAGAGAGAGCCUACGUUUUAUCUGACACUUGAACAUCUCGGCCAGAGAUUUGUUCGGUUAUUCGACGUGUGAAACUAAUGUAUAUUAGUUCGUUGAACCCCCUGUGCUGUAACUACAGUGCAUACCUGUAUGCAGAAAAGAACGUGUGUGUCGAUACUUGUGUGCGUGUAUGUACGUGUGACUGAAUGGCGUGUCAUGUGCCAUAUACAUACGGCAAUCUCAAAGUUUUUAUCGUGUUAGGCCUGUGACAAUGCGGGAAAAGAAAGGCGGUGCUCUCAGUAGAGUGCAAAAAUUAAAAAAGCGCCUUAGUCACAGCUUUGGACGGCUUUCUAUAUCAAAAGAAGAGGCUGAUGAUGCAACAACGAGAGGUCAAUUGCCAUAUAAUGGUUAUUCGGAGGAGUUCCUAGACCGCUUGGAGCCAAAUGGCAAUAUACCUGCAGAUAAAGAUCGUCGUUACGAAUGGACAGGUGUGGGCGACCAUGAGAGAGUGCAUCGACAGCUUUCGGUUUCUAGCGAUUCGAAGCUUCUUGAUGAAGAUAUACGAGAGGAAGCUAGGGUAAUUCUGCGGCCCCGACGUCCACCGCGGCCCAAAUCUGAAGUUUUCCUUGGUCCAGAACCUAGAAGAACUAAAAGAUUUUCCGCUUUUGGGGGAGAUUCACCAUUCGGUAAAUCCGAAGCUUAUAUAAAACUGGAGCAGUUGGGAGAGGGAUCAUAUGCCACAGUGUUCAAAGGCUACAGCCAUCUCACUAAUCAAGUGGUGGCUCUUAAAGAAAUUAGACUGCAAGAGGAGGAAGGAGCUCCGUUUACUGCCAUUCGCGAGGCAAGUCUCCUCAAAGAGUUAAAACAUAGCAAUAUCGUGACUUUACACGAUAUCAUUCAUACUCGCGAGACGCUCACCUUUGUGUUUGAAUACGUUCACACCGAUCUAUCCCAAUAUAUGGAGAGGUAUUUUGGAAACGGAGGAUUGGAUCCGCGUAAUGUUAAAUUGUUUCUUUUUCAACUGUUGAGAGGAUUGGCAUACUGUCACCGCAGGAGGGUGCUGCACAGAGAUGUAAAACCACAGAAUUUAUUAAUCAGCGAGAUAGGAGAACUUAAAUUGGCAGACUUUGGGCUAGCAAGGGCCAAAUCCGUGCCAUCGCAUACAUACUCACACGAAGUCGUGACCUUAUGGUAUAGACCGCCCGACGUUCUUUUAGGUUCCACAGAGUACUCCACCUCGCUUGACAUGUGGGGAGUAGGUUGCAUAUUUGUGGAAAUGUUAACUGGUGAACCAACAUUCCCAGGUGUACGCUGUACGUACGACCAACUCGAUAAGAUAUUUAAAGUGCUGGGCACACCUACCGAGGAUACUUGGCCAGGUGUCACGCAUCUGCCCGGGUAUAAAGCACAUAGACUGAUAUUUUAUCCGCCGCGGAAACUAGGACUCUCGUUUCCUCGGCUGUAUGAUAUCGCCGAGGGCGAUAGUAUGGCGUCGUCGCUCCUGCAGCUGAAUCCCGAUCAACGGAUAGGUGCGGAGGAAGCAUUACGUCAUCCCUAUUUCGCCUCUCUUCCUAGAAAAUUAUAUGAAUUACCUGAUGAAGUGUCGAUAUUCAGCGUAGAAGGUUGUCACUUGUAUACAAACUCGAGGCACGGGUGCGCGGAUUCGCGUCACACGACUCUUAAGACUUGAGGUUAAAGCAAACGUUAAAUGAGUAAAUUAUAAGUAAAUUCGCAAUUUACACGUUGAGUGAAAUAUUCAUUCUCAUGAGAUUCAUAUGUGUCUGUGAAUACACACAUAUACACAGCACACACAACAGAUACAUAUAACAAGACAUACAGAUACACAGGCGCACAUGCACUACUCUCAGAUGCGUUGUUCGCUCUCUCUCAGGGCUGCUCCAUGAUUUCCGCCACUAUUCUUUUCAUACAUAUGCAAUAAUAAUAUUCUUUUCUCCUUCUUUUCUGAGAAUAUACGUAUCGAGUAAAUUAAUUAUUAACGAAGAUAAAUCGUAAUUCUGGUCAAGGAAACAAGAAAGUAAAGCUUACGGCUACAAGUAAAAAAAAAAAGAUUAUAAGAACUUGCGCACGCUCGAUUUAGGAAGCAAAAGCACGCACGACCCAUCCUCGCACUUCGUCCAAAUACUAGAUUUAGAUCAAUACCAAUCAAAAAGAAAGAUACCAUACCGCCGCCCUGCGUCUCCCCGAUCCCAGCCCAAGCCAAGUAGGGCGGACGGUCGCUGGUUAGCAAAACUAUUUACGAAGUAAUUACUACUUAUCUUAGAAAAAUUAUGGAAGACCUGUAGCACUUUAUAUAAACGAAUUUUACUGCUGUUUCGAAUACGAUGUUGGUCGCUAGGACAGUUGAGAAUAUUGAUAGAUAAGAUAGAAAAUCGUUGUUCGAAUUAAAUUUAUUGUUAGUCGUGAUGAUAGCAUGUAAGGUAUAGAAGUUUAGGGGGGUCAAAACAAAAACAGCGCAUCAAUAUUAGUCAAGUGCCAUAGUAGCCAACAUCGCGAGAUGCAGUGAGAGAAAUUAAUUGAACGCUCAUCGUUAAUAAUACCCGAUUGUAGUGAUUUAGACGUAAGUGAUUAGCAUUAGAUCGUAUUUAAUAUCACAAUCGAAGUUUAUCGACAAUGUCGCAACGUAGCGUAAAUGAUAGCAAAUUGAGACAAAAAGAGAGAGUGUGAAUGAGAAAGAAAGAGAAAUGAAGUAGUGAUUUUAGACUUGUCGAAAUUUUAUUUGUUCAAUUUGCUUUUAAUUAUUAUUGACAUUAGCCAAAUAUGGUGCUCGAGCUGUAAACUGUGACAUGUACAAUCGACCUCAUACUCGUGAUAUAGUUAUAUUUAACGAGUAUUCGUUCGAUUU